AUGCAUGACAGUCCUACCCAGCGCCCAGCAGCCAAGCUGGCUGCUGCUCUCACCACACAGUCCUACCCAGCGCACAGCAGGCGAGCCGGCUGCUGCUUUCACCACACAGUCCUACCCAGCGCCCAGCAGCCGAGCCGGCUGCUGCUCUCGCCACACAGUCCUACCCAGCGCCCAGCAGCCGAGCCGGCUGCUGCUCUCGCCACACAGUCCUACCCAGCGCCCAGCAGCCGAGCCGGCUGCUGCUCUCGCCACACAGUCCUACCCAGCGCCCAGCAGCCGAGCCGGCUGCUGCUCUCGCCACACAGUCCUACCCAGCGCCCAGCAGCCGAGCCGGCUGCUGCUCUCGCCACACAGUCCUACCCAGCGCCCAGCAGCCGAGCCGGCUGCUGCUCUCGCCACACAGUCCUACCCAGCGCCCAGCAGCCGAGACGGCUGCUGCUCUCGCCACACAGUCCUACCCAGCGCCCAGCAGCCGAGCCGGCUGCUGCUCUCGCCACACAGGCCUACCCAGCGCCCAGCAGCCGCGCCGCCUGCUGCUCUCGCCACACAGUCCUACCCAGCGCCCAGCAGCCGAGCCGGCUGCUGCUCUCGCCACACAGUCCUACCCAGCGCCCAGCAGCCGAGCCGGCUGCUGCUCUCGCCACACAGUCCUACCCAGCGCCCAGCAGCCGAGCCGGCUGCUGCUCUCGCCACACAGUCCUACCCAGCGCGCAGCAGCCGAGCCGGCUGCUGCUCUCGCCACACAGUCCUACCCAGCGCCCAGCAGCCGAGCCGGCUGCUGCUCUCGCCACACAGUCCUACCCAGCGCCCAGCAGCCGAGCCGGCUGCUGCUCUCGCCACACAGUCCUACCCAGCGCCCAGCAGCCGAGCCGGCUGCUGCUCUCGCCACACAGUCCUACCCAGCGCCCAGCAGCCGAGCCGGCUGCUGCUCUCGCCACACAGUCCUACCCAGCGCCCAGCAGCCGAGCCGGCUGCUGCUCUCGCCACACAGUCCUACCCAGCGCCCAGCAGCCGAGCCGGCUGCUGCUCUCGCCACACAGUCCUACCCAGCGCCCAGCAGCCGAGCCGGCUGCUGCUCUCGCCACACAGUCCUACCCAGCGCCCAGCAGCCGAGCCGGCUGCUGCUCUCGCCACACAGUCCUACCCAGCGCCCAGCAGCCGAGCCGGCUGCUGCUCUCGCCACACAGUCCUACCCAGCGCCCAGCAGCCGAGCCGGCUGCUGCUCUCGCCACACAGUCCUACCCAGCGCCCAGCAGCCGAGCCGGCUGCUGCUCUCGCCACACAGUCCUACCCAGCGCCCAGCAGCCGAGCCGGCUGCUGCUCUCGCCACACAGUCCUACCCAGCGCCCAGCAGCCGAGCCGGCUGCUGCUCUCACCACACAGUCCUACCCAGCGCCCAGCAGCCGAGCCGGCUGCUGCUCUCACCACACAGUCCUACCCAGCGCCCAGCAGCCGAGCCGGCUGCUGCUCUCACCACACAGUCCUACCCCGCGCCCAGCAGCCGAGCCGGCUGCUGCUCUCACCACACAGUCCUACCCAGCGCCCAGCAGCCGAGCCGGCUGCUGCUCUCACCACACAGUCCUACCCAGCGCCCAGCAGCCGAGCCGGCUGCUGCUCUCACCACACAGUCCUACCCAGCGCCCAGCAGCCGAGCCGGCUGCUGCUCUCACCACAGUCCUACCCAGCGCCCAGCAGCCGAGCCGGCUGCUGCUCUCACCACACAGUCCUACCCAGCGCCCAGCAGCCGAGCCGGCUGCUGCUCUCACCACACAGUCUUACCCAGCGCCCAGCAGCCGAGCCGGCUGCUGCUCUCACCACACAGUCUUACCCAGCGCCCAGCAGCCGAGCCGGCUGCUGCUCUCACCACACAGUCUUACCCAGCGCCCAGCAGCCGAGCUGGCUGCGCCCAGUGAGCGAGUGGACGGUUCAGUCAGUGAACGGUUGAGGUUAUUCAGUGGUUUUGAAAAAAUAGAAAGUAAUACGCUUAAUAGUAUAUUUCCACAAAACGGCACAGGAUAA